AUGGCUGCUGAAACCGGAGCCUCCACGGGCGCUGAGAGCCCCAAACGAGAGCCAACUUCUCCGACGUCCCUCGGCUCAAUCCCUCAGAAACGCCUCUUUGAGGAUGAUCACAGCCCCGCCGUUCCCUCACCUCUCAACCCAGACGCCAGCGUCUCCGAGCUGCCUCUCCAUGACGACGCGUCACAGUCCAAGAGCUCCAAACCUGCGAGAGCGAAGAAGGAUAGCUUAAAGAAGCGAGAGACCAAAGGAGGCGGCCGUGACAGCUCUCCCGCGACGCCAGACCACAGAUCUGUCAAGGAGCAGAAUAAUGUCGACUCUCCCCUACGCUACAAGCUGGCUCCACCAAAGCCGUCCGACUUUGAGCCUCCCCGCGGCCCCGUCAUGACACCGCACCACGAGAUAGAUGGCGUGGGAGGACGGGUAGAAUUCUUCGAAACCUCUGACCAUGUCUUCAACAAGAAGAACUUCCGCUACACCCAUUGCAUCGCCGACCCCCUCUUCCCUUCCACCCUGUACUACCGACAGACCGAAGCCGAGCCGUUCGGACCGCGCAUGAGCUACGAAGAUGCCGCCACGAGUGUGUUUUUCGACAAGUCAGGACGAGGCGUCACGACCGACAAGGGGUUUCGGAUGGCUCGCGCCAACGUCGCCGUCAGAGAAGGGCGAUGGUACUGGGAAUGCAAAGUCACCCAGGGGGUACGAGAGGCCGCGGAGCCCGGCGAGAAACCCGAGGGCGGGAAACACGUCCGCAUGGGCUGGGCCAGACGCGAGGCGUCACUCGACGCGCCAGUCGGAUUCGACGCAUACAGCUACGGCAUCCGCGACGUCGCAGGGGAAAAGGUCUUCAUGUCGCGGCCAAAGCCCUUCUUCCCCGCCGGCGACGGCAUCCGCGAGGGCGACGUCAUCGGCCUCGAGAUCCAGCUACCAUCGGAGAACAUGCAGCGAAAGAUCAUGUCCAGCACGUACAACCCGGCCAUCGAUGUCGCCGACGACGAGCGCCCUCCCGGCGCAGAGGCGCCCAACAUCGUCCGAGACAGGGUGCCCAUCCGCUUCAAGGCCCACACGUACUUUGAAAAGAUCGAGUACCACACGACUAAAGAAUUGGAAGAUUUGAUGAACCCGUCGUCAAUCGGGUCCAGCUCGUCGUCGGGAACCCCCCAUCCCCUGCACCCGACCCCGGCGCUCCGAAGCCUCCCCAACUCAUGCAUCAAAAUAUACAAGAACGGCCAGCUCGUCGGCACCGCGUUCGAAAACCUCCUCGGCUUCCUGCCCCCGGCGUCGAAACCCCAACCGCAGGUCGGUGCCCGAGAGGGCCUCGACGACGGCAUGCUGGGCUACUACCCGGCAGUGAGCGUCUUUCGCGGCGGCGCAGCACAAGUCAACUUUGGCCCCGACUUUUGGUACCCUCCUCCAGGCUUUGAGGCUGCUCCGUCCGGCGGGGAGGACACGCCACAAUCGAGAUGCAGGAGGCUCCGUGCCGUCAGCGAGCGAUACAGGGAGCAGAUUGCAGAGGAUAUAGUGUACGACAUCAUCGACGAGGUGGACUUUUGGAUGCAAGAUGGCGGCGGGGCGACAGACACGACGGGGGUCCAGGACAAGAGCGAGGCCGUGGCCGCUGCGCCUGGGACCGAAGAGAUUAAGGAGCUGGUGCAGGACGAUUGA